UACUAGAUAGCACAAAUAGUCCACAAAAUGACUUCUUUAUUGAGGCUUUUUUUUCUUUUUACAGCACAAAAACAAACAAAGGUGAUAGCGACACAGAAAAGACAGACUUCUAACUAAAGUGCAAAAGCAAAAUGAAUACAUCGGCGUUGGUGUGAGUAAUUUGGGAAGAUGUUGCCAUUUGAAAGAAAAAAGGCCCAGUGUCAGAAUCUAAUAAAGAUUUCUUGCUCUUAUAGCAUUCUAACCCUAUGUUUUUUUUCUCCAUCUUCUUCAGGACAGGCAAGUGUCCGCUCAUGCGUAAACACACAGACCUUUGAAGUGGCCUUCCGUCACCACAUGGCAAAUCCCCCGGUGUGAUCCCUCUGUCCAUUUGGCUGCAGGACCAGCACUGGUAGGCUGUUCUGUCUGUUCUAACGCUAUAGAAACCAGUAUAUGCAUAUAGAACGCCGCUUCUCUUGUUUCUGUCUUGCUUGCAUUUAUAAUACAUUCUUUCACAUGCAUUAUUGCACCUUGUGUGAGGUCAAGACUCUGUUAACUGCGCGGGCUGAACGUCGAUGAACAUCAUCUCGCAGGCUUGGAGCGAAGGGAGCUGUGCGUUUGUGCCCUGUAGCCGCUCUGUGCCGGUCUCUCAGACAAGCAUGCAGUCAGUGGGAAUCCCACUGUGGAGCCUUUUCCAGAAGGCAUGGAGACCAUCAUGUUUGGUAUGGGCUGUUUUUGGGGAGCGGAGAAACUUUUCUGGCGACUUUCAGGGGUUUUCUCCACACAAGUAGGCUACGCUGGCGGCUUUACACCCAACCCCACCUACCACGAGGUUUGCUCAGGUCUGACCGGUCACACUGAGGUGGUGAGGGUGGUCUUCUCCCCCGAAGAAAUCAGCAUUGAGGAGCUGCUUAAACGCUUUUGGGAGCGCCACAAUCCUACACAAGGCAUGAGGCAACUGAACGACCACGGCACUCAGUACCGCUCGGCCGUUUACACGUCUAACCCUGCUCACCGGGAGCUCGCAUUGAAGAGCAAAGUGGCCUUCCAGCAGGAGUUGGACGACAACGGUUACGGCGCCAUCACCACAGAGAUCCUGGAGGGGCAGCAGUUUUACUACGCCGAGGACUACCAUCAGCAGUACCUGAAGAAAGUACCUCAUGGCCUUUGUGCUCUCAGAGCAGCGGUCUGCUUCCAUAGGGUGGCAGCAUUUCUCCCAAAACAGCGGCCUAAUGGUUAGAAAUGUGUUGUACUUCUAUUAAAGAAACAACAUAAAAAUAAAAGAAAAAGCAGCA